AUGAGGAUUCAGAUUUUGGACUUUGUCCACCAACUUGGGUGGCGGGCUCUACCACUGGCGGGGAUUCUUGCGAUUGUCGUUUAUGUCGUGUACUUGCGAUACUUUCACCCGCUGUCCAAGUAUCCCGGACCGUUUCUGGCCAGUGUGACCAACUUCUGGAAGUUCUAUCAAUAUUCGACGCUACGCUUCCCGAAUACUCUCAUCAAGCUUCACGAGAAGUACGGGCCCAUCGUGAGGAUUGGCCCCAAUGACCUCGAUUUCAAUUACCCAGAGGCUAUUGCGCCCAUAUACAAGACAGGCAAAAAGAUGCCCAAGGGUGUCUUCUACAACGCCUUCACCUCAUUUGUCCCGAACAUAUUUGGAACCACGGAUGAACACCAUCAUGCGUUGCGUCGUCGGCAAACCGCUCAUGCUUUCUCAGUCAAUGCUUUGAAAUCAAUGGAACCUAUAUUUAACCAAAACAUUUCAAACUUGAUAUCGAAAUUUGGAGCAUGCGCGGAUUCUGCUGCCAUUGUCGACUUGAAGAUCGUGUUCACGUACUACGCCUACGAUUUGACCGGCAAACUGGCUUUCAAUGAGGACUUCAACACCCAAGUCACCGACGACGAGAAUCUAGUGCCUCCGUUCAGCGACCACUUCCUCCUUGGAAACAUGUAUGGAAGCGUGGCCAACCUCCUCCCUUGGAUCCGCGACUGGACUGCCUGGCAUCCGUUCGUCAAGAGGAUCAUCCAAAGCCGAAGACAAAUGGGACUUCAGGCCGCGAGGUGUGUCAACAAGGCCAUCGCCCACCACAAGAAAGACGAGUCUGUGCGAACGCUGCUCACAAGCCUGAUUGACGCCAAAGAUCCCGAGACUGGCGCGACGUUGACGGCUGAUGAGAUUAACUCUGAAGCAUUUGGAUUCCUGGUUGCCGGCUCGCAUACCACAGGAAGCUCCCUGACGGUCCUCUUUUACUAUCUGACGCACAAUCCUCACGUAUUGGCCAAGAUGGUCAAGGAGAUUGACGAACGCAUCAGCGAUGAUCAAGAGGUUUACGACUUUGCCGGCUUGGAAAGCCAGCUUCCCUAUACCUUGGCUGUCAUCCGGGAAAGUUUUAGAAUGUCGCCCGUCGCGGCUUUGCUCCUUCCCCGAGUCGUGAUUGACCCGCAAGGCAUGUUGAUUAAUGGGCAACUGAUUCCGCAAGGUACAAAUUGCUGCAUGGUCAGCACGGUGAUUCACCAUAACCACAAGGUCUGGGGACCAUCCCACGACGUGUUCGAUCCAGAUCGGUUCUAUCCAGAGAGUCCGAUCUACGAUCCCGCGCUGGCCGGAUAUCUGAUGCACUUCGGCCAGGGGUAUCGCCAGUGCAUCGGCAGGAACAUCGGCUUGAUAUCAAUCUGGAAGAUCGUCAUAACGUUGUUCAAAAAGUUCCACUUUGAGGCCGUGGAUCCGAACGAACCACUGAUCCUGGACCACACUGGAGCAGCAGACAAAGUAGGUCCUCUCCUGGUCAGGGUGACGCGAAGGUAG